GUGGGCGGGAUUAACGCUGAUAAAUUACAUGAUAAAUUAUAUAUUUAUAUAUUUCAUUUUGGCACUUUUAGUCCUCCAUAUAGGAGACCUAAUUCAAGUGAAUUUAUCCUGGUUAAUACCAGUGACAGUGUUAAAGGUCUCAAAGACCUAUGUUUUCCAGUUCUUAUUUAAGUUGGUUUUAGAAUGUUGAAAUUGUUAGACAGGAUUUAAUAUGAUAAGCAAAAGUAUGAUACUAUUUAGUAGGCUGCUGUGUGCAGAAAUACUAAUGCAACUAGGCCACACAAACCAAUACGACCGAGUUACUUAAAAAAAAAAUCUGUAACGAUAUCACUGUAACUUAUUACAUCUCAGAAGUGUCCUAUGUUAAAGUUCCAACAAAUCAAAUCAAAUGAUGAUUGUGACCGGGUGUGUGCGUGCGUGCGUGCGUAGGCUGCGUGAGUUGCACUUUGUUGUCCUGCAGGAGUGGUACAGCCCACGCGGAUCGGUCGCUAUGGAGAACAGCUCUCCAGGAGCGCGAGCCAGCCAGCCACAGAGAGAGCAGGGACGAGCGAGGAGGACGGGAGUGCCACAGCGCACAAAACAGGCAGGAAUCAUGGAGAAAAGAUCGAGUUUGCCAUCAAACGGACUGCGACUUUUAACAUCUCUUCUCACCUUAUAUGGACUUACCUCAGGUGUAAGCAGUAACCAGGUAGUUGUUCCUGAGAACGUGAAUGCAGUGCUGGGGAAAAACAUCACGUUGGGCUGCAGAAUAGAGGUGGGCUCCAACCUCAGUCUCACACAGAGCUCCUGGGAACGUCGUCUUCCUUCAGGCACCAUUACCCUGGCAGUGUUCAACCCUGAGUUUGGAAUCUCCAUCGCUCCAGAGUAUGUCAAGCGUGUCUCGUUUGUUUCCCCAUCUGUACGAGACGCUACAAUCAGCAUUGAAGGAGCUGGCUUUUCAGAUAUUGGGUCCUACAUCUGCAAAGUGGCAACAUUUCCUCUGGGCAAUACUCAAGCAUCAACUACUGUUAAUGUAUUAGUGGAGCCAAAAGUCUACGUGUCUGCUGGCCCCACAGCUCUGCUGGAUGGCGGGAACGAGUCGCUGGUUGCCACCUGCAUAGCAGAGCGUGGCCGUCCUGCCGCUGAGGUUUUCUGGGAGACAGAGCUGUAUGGACGAAGUGAGAAGCAAAGUCAGGAUGAGGCCAACGGCACCAGCACUACACAUGUUAGCUACAUGUGGCAACCCCAGAGCUACGCCCAGGGGAAGACGCUCACCUGUGUGGUGCGACACCCGGCCCUGCAAACAGAGUUUCGCAUACCAUAUGUACUAAAUGUUCAGUUUGCACCGAUGGUGUCAGUUACAGGAAUUGACAAAAAUUGGUUUGCGGGUCAAGAGAAUGUGAAGUUCACCUGUGCUUCUAAAGCCAACCCACCUGCCCGUCACUUCACAUGGAUCAGGUUGGAUGGACUUAUGCCUGAGGGAGUUGAAAUCUCCAACAGCACUUUUGCUUUCACUCGCCCGUUGGGGCGCAAUGACUCUGGAGUGUACCGCUGUGAGGUGCUCAACGACGUGGGUCUCCGCAGUAAAGACGUAAACCUCUGGGUACAAGAUCCUCCCCCCACCACGGCUGCCCCCAGCACCACUGCAUCCCUCCUCCAUGACUCCUCUGGAGCCGGCACAGCCCUAGACCAGCAGAGAGCCCUGUUCACCUCCCCGACCCUGGCCUCUUUACCUGACAGCAGCCUGGGUACCAUAGUUGGAGGGGCUGUAGGUGGAGUUUUAUUCCUGAUUCUCCUGCUGAUCCUGGGUGGUGCCUGCUUCAUGCGACAGCGCAGGACCUUCAGAGGGGACUACUACACCAAACAGUACCUGGGACCCUCCGACAUGCAGAAGGAAUCUCAGAUGGAUGUGCUGCAGCCACAUGAGCUGCAGGAGGUCUACGGGGACAAGACGAGCAAGGGCAGCCAGGAGCUGAAACCCAAACUGGGUGGAGACAUCAUUUACCCUGACUACCCCCCUGAGCGCAAAGAUAGGGAUGACUGGGCCGACCGGGGGGAUAACCACAGAGGCCUCAAGGAUGGAAACUACUACCCUGAUCACUACAACAACCAAAACAUUCACCCCUGUGGGCCUCCCGUGCACAGCACCAUAGUAAACAACGGCUCCCCCUACCUUCCGGAGGACUGUUAUGACAAUGGUACAGACAGCGACUAUGUGUCUCACAUGGACGGAUCAGUGAUCUCACGCAGAGAGUGGUAUGUCUGAAGAAAAAACAGGGAAAAAGACUGAGUGAGGAUAAUUUAAACAAGUGACAGAUAUAAAUAUCAUUAAAGGCUGUGUCAUUUCAGUUUAAGGAUGAAAACAGUUUUCUCAGCUCAGUUUCACAAUGAGCUCUUUGAACAAUACUGCUCUGCCUUGAUUGUAACCACUUAACCUUAAGGACGUGUAUGUGGAUCGUAUUACACUUCUGUAGCAUCUCAAGGAGCUACAAAUGAGCUGGAACACCCCCCUGGUAUUACCUGUGUGGGCUGUACAGGCUUUGACAUACAGUGAAGUUUCAACUGAUGUGAAUGAGGUUUUGUAUUCUGCUUGUUUGUGUUUUGCACCUGUCUUUACACAGGUCACAGGUCAGGUGUUCAGACCCUUGUUAGUAAAGUAUUUAUACCCCUGACUGACUGAGCUCUGCUCCCAUAAAACCUCACAACUUGUGGCAUUUUGAAAACAGUCUCUUGAUUGCUUAAAGGGUUUUUACCACACAGAUGAAAUGUUCAUCAUGACUGCAGUCAGUAUUAAAGGCAAAUUAUAUUGCAUGCUUUUUUUACAUUUCAAAUCUCAACAUCAAGUUAAAGGGAACGUUGAUACAUGAUUUAAAGGGAGAAUUACAGAGGCAUUGUACUGAGGAAAAGCAGACUGAUGCUAGUUACAAAAUAACGAUUCCCGUAAACAUCUGGUUCAGUUCUUUAGUUGCUUUUGCAAACUUUAAGUAUUUUCUGUAAAUAAUUCAUGAAAUGGUAAGCUGGUUACCUGACAGAGGAUGUUUCCCUGAAUAAGAGCUCUUACAUUAGCUUCACAGAUAUCGCUUCCUUAAGUUUUUACCCUGAAGUUUUUUUUGGUGACUCCCAUUGUUAUAGAGUAAAAGCAAGAAGCCUUAAAUAGCUGCUUGGUCAUGAAUAAAGAGGAGCAGCUGGUGUAUCAGUUAACAGUACAGCCAAACAAACUCACCUUGUUUUAAUAAAGACAUUCAUCAAUAAUAGCUAAAACCACAAUCCGAUGUUGUGCUUGCACAAAGGUGGUACUUCUCACACAGUAGUACUUGCUGAGGGGACUGCACAGUGCCGCCUGCAGGUCUUCAUCAAGCAGUUCACUGUUGCUUCUUUGUCUGCCAUGAAUUGCCCGCAUCAUAAGAUGAUCCCCUGAAGAUGUUUUUUUUUUAAUGAGCAGUACUGAUAAGGGGAAAUGUUACUUGUUGGUGCUUCACACUGAGAGUAACCCCUGUUUGCAAGUCAAAUGAGUUUGAUUUGAAACUGUGGCAGACGUAUACCUUUGGUUGACAUUAACAGUAAGCAUAUGCAGCUCUGACAGAGUUAAAGAAGCUAUACCAUAAAUAGUGACACUGAUAGCAAUAAGAUAAAACUGUGUUGACGAGCUUGCAUGAAUUUGUUAACUCUCUGUUCCUCAAUCUUACUGGUUUUCUGGGUCAUUCAUGCACAGCUGACUCCAAAACAACCAAUGAGGAGCUGGUAAUUGCUGAGUAUGAAACAUUAAACAUCCAACUGUAAAAGGCGAACCAUACAUACACGUAAAAGUGGGCUUUAAUUUCAUGAAAUUUGAAGGAUCAUACCCUGUAUCAAAUAUACUGUUAUUAUUGACAUGUGUCAAUCCAUUCAGUCUCUUUCAGUGAUAAAGCACAACUCUGUUAUUACAGUUGUCAGUAAACAUCAAAAAAUGCCAACCAGGCCUCAGCUUUCUCCACUCAGCCAUGAUAACAGGCUGCAUCCCUGUCUUUCCCAUUUUCCCUCCUGAUUUCUGUCUGCACAACUAACACCAAUUGGUCAUUAUAGUUUUUUAUUUUAGACAUGGGAUCAAAGAAAUGUGUUAUAAAUACCACAUGUGACUAUCACAGCUGUCAUCAUCUGGACUGAUGUGGCUCCAUAAACCACCAACGGUUUCAGUGCUGCCGCUUGACACUCCACAGUCGCGAUCGAUGACGGUAAAUAAGAAGAUUAAAUGUUGAAAAGAAGGUCAGAAAAAGGAGCAAUAAUAAACCGAUCCUUGGGCUUUAGUUUGUGCGUGUUUGAAGUAUGAUUGCGCGGAUACCUCACAGCAGAGCUGGGAACAGUGUGAGCGGCUGACAUCACUUGUGAUCAGAGAGCCGGCUGUAAUGUUGGGGUUUGGCUCCUCUGCAGCGUCUCUGAGGAUAUUCAGCGCUCAUGGAAACUAGAAAUUCAAUCCACGAGUGAAAAGAACCAUCUAGGUUAAAGCUGUGUGUGUAAUGGCUCCUCGAGGGAUAUGUAUAUUUUUCUUCUUUUCCUACAAACAACAAACCCAGCAGCAUUAAGUUGAAACAAAGAGAUGACAUCAUCAGUGAUCUCAUCUCUCACUGCUUGAUUUGACCUUACACUUUUCCACUUAGUGCUCUUUUUUUUGUUUCCUAAGGAAUGAUACAUGGAUCAAAGUGGCCUCUGCAUAGCCACACAUGAAAGGGAAAACAGCUUUUUUGGAGCGAUCCCUGCUUAGUUAAUCAGGCAGUAUGUUGGUAGAAGAAGGAACCUUAUAUGUGUAUUACAGUCAGAGGGGGUUGGGUAUAUUUUUGAGGUCAACUUCUUUCUUAUUGGGGUUUUAUAGAUUGUGGCUGAACAUUUAUUUUCUCCUCCUUUUUUUUUUUUUAACCCUUCCCCGCCCUUCGUUUCCAAAGCCAGGGCUUUGGUUGGAAGGUUUAGAUGUCUGAGAAUAAACUGCUUUAAUCCCGCUCUCACUCUCAUCGUCGCACACGCACCCAGCCACCGCACAUCUGCCACUGCAGCCCACAUUCAAGGAGCAGCCCUCACCUCAAACCUUAAGCUUUUAAUUAACUUUUUUUUUUUUCUCUCAUUGCACUUGGCAACUGAAUCACUCGAACUCACUGAUAUAUAGCUCAUCCGUGUCUGCAUGCACACAUUUUUUUCUAAUCAGCUGAUUCAUGGCUGUCAACUUGUUUCUAAUUUGGUAAAGUCGCUCCGUGCAGACUGCUGUCUCUGCUCCUGUAAGGAUCUUUUUCUCUUAAAUAGGUUUGACAAACGAGCUAAGGUGAUGAAUGUUUUUGUAGAGUUCAGCUUUUGUCACUCACCAACUGUUACGCAUGGUAAUUAAGUUAUUCCCCACCUACUCUGUUAAUGAUUUCUCAUCACUUAUGUUUGUAUACAUGUACAUAAUGCUAAUAGGUUAGCAUAGGAUUAGGUUAGCUCUUUUGAUUUCUGUUGGUGUACAGUUUUUCCUGGUCUCCCCUACUGAAUAGUUGGUGCCUUAGAUGGGCUGAGCAAUGCACAGAAACUUUGAACAUAUGACAAUUACUGAAAGCAUUAAUAUAAAGCAGAUUGAUAUCAUUGCAGAGGAGGACUGAGUGGUCUGCUCAUAAGUCUUCCAUCUUGAUAUUUAAGAUUUGCAGGUAUCAAAACUUCAACAUUGACAAAAGGUUGCUUGUCAUGCCUUAUAUACUUUGAAAAGACACAUGUAACAAGUUAGUUACUGAGAGAACAUGUACUAAGUCUCACUGGGAAUUUAGGCAAGCCAGAUGCAUAGAAAAUAUUAUUGUCCUGUAAAUAUAUGCUGGCUGUUUUUUUUUAUUAUUAUUGAAAAAAAAAUCUUAUUUUUUGUAUGAGGUCUGUCAUUUUCACAGAGUAUUAGUUUUUUCUCGGGAGCGUUCGAGCAGCUUUUGUCUCAUGAAAACAGAAAAGGAUGAUGCUGUUCUCACUGCAUAUUUUAUAUUUGUUCUCUGGAGUUUCUGACCAAUGAUUUUGUAUGCUGUUGUUUGAAUGAUUGAUGUCUCGCAGGAAUCAGAGGUGGAAGUGUGUUAGAUUGUAUUUUGGUCCUUUGUUUGCAAUAAAUACCUGUCAUUAUUGCA